CCAGCCAAAAAUAGGUGGCCGUUUAAAAGAACGCGGUACCCCAACCCCAGAUUGUUUCUAUUCCAACAACAUUGUUCACGACAACCACCGCCCUUUUUCCCUCUCGUUUCUUCCAACGACGACUCUUUUUCGUUUCUGUCUUGAUCUCAUCUCUAAUAUCAGCAGAACAUCACAUUCGCUACUUUCCUACUUGCACCUUUUGUCUAUUUUCUAAAAUAAAAUCUUCUGUUCUAAUCAUGCACGCCUCCCUCAUCGCCCUCGCGGCAUCCCUUUCGGUCGCUUCCGCCGUCACCAGAGGAUUCAACUAUGGUGCUGUCACCCGUGAGGGACAAAUGAAGAACGAGGCCGCUUUCACCGCCGAGUUCCAGGCCGCAAAGGGCCUUGCCAACACAGAUGGUGCUUUCUCCAGCGCCAGACUCUACACCAUGAUCCAGUCUGGCACCGACCGAGACCCCAUUACUGCCAUCCCCGCCGCCAUCGCCACAGACACCAAGCUCUUCCUCGGUAUGUGGGCUUCAGCAGGCCAGACAAUGAUCGACAACGAGAUUGCCGCCCUUACAACUGCCAUCGAGAAGUACGGAGAGGAGUUCACAAGCCGUGUCAACGGCAUCUCUGUUGGAUCAGAGGAUCUGUACCGUAUCUCGCCUACCGGUCUCAAGAACGAUCCUACCGGAGUCGGAGCCCGGCCUGAGCAGCUCGUCAAGUACAUCCAGCAAGUCAGGAAGGCUCUCGAAGGUACUGCUUUGGCAGAUGUUGCAGUCGGACACGUCGACACCUGGGAUGUCUGGAGAAACGCCACCAACAAUCCCGUUAUUGACGAGAUUGACUUCCUCGGAAUGAACACCUUCCCAUACUUCCAGAUCACUGAGGAUAACUCCAUCGAGAACGCUCCUACGCUCUUCAACGCCGCUUUCGAGAUCACCACAGCUGCUGCUAAGGGAAAGCCACUCAUCAUCACUGAGACUGGAUGGCCUGUUGCCGGAAAGGACGCCAAGUCUGGCCACCCUUCCACUGAAAACGCACGAUCCUACUACGAGGCUGUUGGAUGCAACACUCUCUUCGGAAAGAUCGAUACCUACUGGUACACUCUCGUCGAUGCCAACACCGCCGUUAACAGCCAACCUCAAUUCGGUGUUGUCGGCACAACCGUCUCCCGCAAUUCUCUCUUCGACUUGAAGUGCGACGCACCAAAGUCCACAUCCUCCGCAGCAUCCAAGACUGCUACCUCUUCCGGUCCCAGCGGUUCCGCCACCGGCUCAGUAAGCGGCUCAGUCCCUGGUUCAGCUAGCUCUGCUACCGGCACCACUCUCGCCCCAGUCAGAACUCCCGGCGCCGCCUCUCCAAGCGGAACUGGAUCCGGAUCCGGAUCUGGCUCUGGCUAUGGCGCUGCCUCAGGAACUGGUACAUCCACAGGUUCGGACUCCUCCUCCCCCUCCCCUACAUCAAGCCCAUCAUCCACUCCCCAAUCCACAUCAAGUAGUCCUUCAGACUCUUCAUCCUCUCCAGCAGGACCCGAGCCUACUCCCACUACCACCACCAUCACCACCCAGGCAUCCCAAACUGACUCCCCCUCCCCUACAGGUCCAAUUUCCACCGCCCCCAUCACCACAAACGCAGCCGGCCAGAUGAAGGCCGCCUCAUACGUGGGACUCGUCGGUGCUGCCGCUGCUUUGAUUGCUUUCGCAUAGACAUCGCGGGUCAAGGAUACCGAUAAUCAAUCCGUGGGGAAUAUACAAGCAAGCAAGCUGGUUAUUUUAUGCUAGUAGGACAUAUAGACGGUAGACGGACCCCCUUGAACGAAUGACUGACUGGCUGUAUCAUAAUAUUAAAAAAUGGUUUCAGGUGCAUUGAUGGGGCAUAAUUGCGAUUGCGAUUGCUAUGAUCGUGGAGCGUUGCUCUUUUUUUGUGUGAAGAUUUUGGAGAUUGGUGCAUAGAAAUAUAUACACAGACAGACAUACACAGUAUUGUACAUCUCAAAUUACGUUUCAUUGAG